GACUCUCCGUGUUUUGCUUUUGCUAUCGAACCCAAACUUUGCACAAAAACCGGAUAUUUUAUCGUGCAUGGUUGAUGCGUUAUUGAACAGUCAGUCAGUCAGUGGUUGCAUUUCCGAAGAAAGUAACACAGUGGAAGAGGCGUACGGUAAAUAGUGCCAUAAUAUUGCGAGCAACUGCGUAAGCGUUUUAUGUUUUUUCGAGGUGUGUUCGAAGCGCUUGUGUAUAAUACGAACGGUGCAGCUCCAGUCAGGCGUAGUGUUGUUUCAUUUUGGGUCAGUAGGAGCGACAAUUUGUCGUCGUAGUCAGAAGCGCAGCGACGUCGCUGUCUGUUUCGUCGCUGGAAUUUUAGAGUGAUAAAUCCCAUUACCGAGGGGGAAUCCGCCUCGAGCAAAGAGAAAACAUUCCUGCCAAAGCAUGGCUUUUUUCUUCAAUUUCGUUGCCAUCUGUACGAUCAUUUACUUCUUGGUGCAGAUCAUCCUCUGGUUAGUGCUUGAUGCGGAUAUUGAACUCUUCGUACUGUCCAAAUUAGGAAAACCAAUAUCCUCGCUGAAGGGAAAAGUGGUUUGGAUCACGGGAGCCUCGAGUGGCAUUGGUCGAGAUUUGGCAAUCGCGCUAGCGAGAAAUGGCGUUCGAUUGUGCUUAUCGGCUCGCAAUAUAUCGGAGCUGCUUAAGGUCAAGCAAGACUGUAUGGCGCAAUCGAAUGGUAUUCUUGGACCGAACGAUGUUUACGUUCUCCAGAUGGACAUGCUGGACAUCAAUCACCACAAUGACUAUUUCAACAUGGUGAUUGACCACUUUAAGACACUGGAUAUUCUGGUAAACAAUGCUGGUCGCUCGCAACGAGCCGAAUGGAACGCUAUCAAUGUGAAGGUAGACCGAGAGCUGUUCGAGCUGGAUGUCUUUGCGGUGGUACAUUUGUCACGCAUCGCUUUGAACUUUUUCAUACGUAAUUCGAUCAAGGGUCAUCUGGCUGUGACAAGCAGCACAGCCGGUUUGAUUGGAGCGCCAAACUCCGCCAGUUAUACGGGAGCGAAACAUGCACUACAUGGAUACUUCGAAACUCUCCGAAACGAACCGAUCGAAGUGAAUAUUACAAUCUUCUGCCCAGGACCAACGGCAACCAACUUUCUUCAGGAAUGUUUCACCGAUUCUCCAGGAACGAAAUACAACCAAACGGUUCAACCGGAGGAUAAACGAAUGACCAGUGAACGAUGUGGCUACUUGUAUGCAAUCGCACUGGCUAAUAAGACCCAUCUCAGUUGGGUUGGUAAUUUUCCCAUCAAUCUUAUUCUGUACAUCGGUUGCUACUACCCAAAUAUCAAGCGACUUUUGCUGAAAAUUGUAGGCAUGCGACGUCUGCGACAGGUGCGAGAUAGCCGAUGAGUGAAAUCUUCUUUGCAUUGUUAGUUCUUCGAUUUACUGCAAUCACCCACACUUGCAUGUCAUACCUCCUACUUACAACACCGUCGCGACUUUGUCAACAUAUUCUGAGAGCAACAGAUUGUACGCUGCAUUUUCUCUCGAAGUGCACACUGAUUAUUUUUACGAUUAGUCAAUUGUUGAUAUUCUAUAGAAAAUCGUUAAUUUAUCAAUCGUCAUUAGCAGCAGAUCUCUGACAGUAUCGGUUUCACGAGCACACCAACUAACAACACAGCAUGCAAUGCCAUAAAUUAAUGCGUAUUAUUCCAACCAAAAUGUCAUUCCGAUUAGAAAGGGAUAGGUUUUGGCAGUAUGAUCGGAUUUGCAUUUGAAGCAGGAAACAACAAUAGUUUCAAAAUACAAAACGCUUGAAAAAGUUGUCCAAAGUGGAGAUAUAGUCGAACUGCCAAUCAAAUAAAACUAAUUGAUA